UAUUUAUUAGCACUCUAUGACAUUGCUUCAAUUCAAACGGAAUAUAACAAGAAAGGGCAAAAAGCUAAACAGACUCUCGCCGGAGUAUUCUUUAUCUUCAGGGCAGAGAAACACGCACACACAAAAAAAAAAAGGCUUAGAUUUUAAUACAAGCCAUCAAAUUUGUGUUUGUGUAUUGUCAUGCACCUUGUCCGUGAGAAUCUAUUUAUUGGAAACAUAGGGGAUGCUGCUGAAGUUCUGCAAAAUGGUAGCACAGAGAUCACACAUAUUCUAUCAGUUUUGAGCUCCGCAUCGAUAUCGUUUUUUUCUGAAUGGCGUAGUGGUCUCACAAUCCCAACCAAGGAAAUUAAAAAGGUUUUUGUAGGUGGAUCUGGUGGUGCUGCAGCUUCUGGGGAUCAUUCAGAUGAUGGUUCUAAGAGUUCUUUGUCACCCCAGAAGCUGUUGUACUUGUUGGAAUAUGCAGGGAAGGAUUUAAAGCUGGUGAGAAUGGCAGUGCCUAUUAGAGAUAUGGAGAGUGAGAAUUUGUUGGAUUACCUAGAUGCAUGUUUUGAUUUCAUUGAUCAAAGCAGAAAAGAGGGAUCUGUUUUGGUGCAUUGCUUUGCUGGAGUGUCAAGAAGUGCGGCUAUAAUUACAGCAUAUUUGAUGAGAACUGAGCAACUAUCUCAAGAAGAUGCACUUGAAUCUCUAAGGCAAAGCUGUGAGUUUGUUUGCCCUAAUGAUGGGUUUUUAGAGCAGUUGAAAAUGUUUGAAGAAAUGGGUCACAAGGUUGAUCACACUAGUCCAAUAUACAAGCGAUUUCGCUUGAAAGUGUUGGGUGAUUGUUAUAACCGUGGAGAGAAAAUAGACAGUUCCAAAUUAGGUGCAGAUCCUGGCUUGCCUACCGAAAGUUCCUCUGUUAUAGAGGCAUCCCCAAAUGAAGGUAUUAACCGUACUGCAUACCGCUGCAAGAAAUGCCGAAGAAUUGUGGCAUUGCAGGAGAAUGUUGUUGAUCAUAUUCCAGGAGACGGUGAGACAUCUUUUGAGUGGCACAAACGGAGAGGUGGUAACCCUUUCAACAAGUCUGCCCAAACUGAAUGUUCAUCAGUAUUUGUUGAACCCUUGCGGUGGAUGACAGCAGAAGGUGCAAUAGAGGGGAAGUUGUCCUGUGCUCAUUGUGAAGCUCGCUUGGGUUAUUUCAAUUGGUCAGGAAUCCAAUGCAGUUGUGGAAGUUGGAUCUCCCCUGCCUUUCAGCUGCACAAAAGCCGGGUGGACAUCAGCACUGUGUAGUGUACUAUCUCCCAUAUAGCUUAAAUCCCCCCCCCCCCAAAUCACUAAAGUUAGGACAUGGAGUCCCCCUUCAUAAAGUAUAUGACGUCCAUAUGGACCAACUUUUAUAGAAAAAAAAAA